GGGACUGUCGUGGCAUCUUCUCCUUGUUGCAGAUUUCAGCGCCCUGGCUUUCCCGGAGCCCAGUAGGAAGCUUUGCUUGCUCUCUUCCUCGUCCGCCGGGAAAGGAUGCUUUGACGGAUGCAGACCAAGAGACCAUUCCCGGGUCUCACUUUCUGUGCCUUCUACCUGGCCACCUACCUCACGAACAAGUAUGUCCUGUCUGUCUUGAAUUUCACCUACCCCACCUUAUUCCAAGGGUGGCAGACAUUAAUUGGAGGACUUCUGCUUCACAUUUCAUGGAAGCUAGGUUGGGUGGAAAUCAACAGCAAUUGCAGGGCCAAGGUUCUCUCAUGGCUUCCCUUUUCGAUGCUAUUUGUGGGGAUAAUCUAUGCAGGUUCCAGGGCAUUGUCUAGAUUGUCCAUUCCUGUGUUCUUCACAUUUCACAAUGCUUCGGAAGUUAUCGUCUGUCUGUACCAGAAGUGCAUUUCAAAAGAGCCUACAUCUCCUGCAAAGAUCUGCAGUGUUGUCUUCCUCCUGGCUGCUGCGGGAUGCCUUCCCUUUUAUGACUCACAAUUGGAUACAAUUGGAUAUUUCUGGGCUGCCAUUCACUUGUUCUGUGUAGGGGCUUACAAAAUACUUCACAAGGACCGAAAAUCUAACACAUUAAGUGACAUCGACCAGCAGUACCUAAACUACAUAUUCAGCAUGGUGCUGUUGGCAUUUGCAUCUCAUCCCACAGGUGAUCUCUUCAGGGCCCUGGAGUUUCCAUUCCUAUAUUUUUACAGAUUCCACACCAGCUGCUGUGCCAGUGGAUUCUUGGGAUUCUUUUUGAUGUUAAGUUCAGUGAAGCUAAAAAACAAUAUGGCUCCAGGACAGCACACAGCCUGGAUUUUCUUCGCCAAGGUUAUGACAGCUGGUUUCUCAAUAUUGCUGUUUGAUACCGUCCUGAACAUUGCAAUGGUGGCUUGCCUUCUAUUGGGCGGACUUGGAGAAGCUUUGCUGGUUUACUCAGAGAGGAUGAACACCUAGAGAAAAGGAAACAAGCUCCGAAGUCAGCUAAAGGGGAAAGCAAGAUCUCUGGGUGGAUGGAAGAAAUAACAUGAAACUAACCAGGCUGCUGGGAGCCACCAUCAGACCCCUUCCUCCCUCAGGAGAGGGGUUGACCACAGGGAAACAAAAUCUAUUCAUGACCGUGAUGGAGGGGUGACCUGCUGGAAGAACUCUGCAUGAGGGCUAAGAGCUCCCGACCACGGCUGACACCCCAGAAGAAUCCACAUGAAGGCUAAGAGCUCCCGACCACGGCUGACACCCCAGAAGAAUCCACAUGAAGGCUAAGAGCUCCCGACCAUGGCUGACACCCCAGAAGAAUCCACAUGAAGACUAAGAGCUCCCGACCACGGCUGACACCCCAGAAGAACCUGCCCAAGGGCUGUAAAGCUACUUUUAGUGCCUCUCAACACCAGCUUCCUGGACACCCGGGCCCUUUGCUGUUCACAUUUCCCUCAGCCCCUUUGUGGAGAGAUAAGUAGGCUCUUUCCUGGGAUUUCUGAGAUCUUUCUGGAAGCACGAGAUUCAUUUUUAUAUAAAUAGACUCAUGCUAUACUGAGUCUCCUCCCUGAGUCUCGCCUUUUCUGCUACCUCACAGCAUAUGGCAGGGGGCCCUGGAUUUAUUCUGUAGAAGAGUCUCUUCUGGGAAUUCCCUUCCCCAGACGAUCCUGCAUGUCCUGACAAAGAACUGCAGAGUUCACACCGCUGAGUAACAGGAUAGAAUUCCUUGGGAGGGAAUUGAUUUGUGAGGAAUUGAAUGGCUGUGCUGGGCCACCCUAGAAAUUGGCAAGGCAGCCGGAUCCUCUGUUGGGAGCUCAAAGGCUUCGCUUUUUGUUUUUGCCUUUGUUUUUCUUUCCUUCUCACAGAUUUCUCUGAACUCUCAUCAGAUGCAUGUCACAUUUAUUUGUUUUAUUAAUUCUGUUCAGUGUUCCGUCUUCUGUGAGUUGAAAACUUAGGUUAAAUGAACACUAAAUUAUCACCAAAGGGAGCUAGCUAGCUUUGCAAGCACUGAUAGAUGGUAGCUCUGGACGAUAAAAGAUAUUCCCUCUCUCUUGCUCAAAACAGCAACAAGAACACAAACAACGUUGGUUCCCCAAAGCCUUCAAACUAGCGAAUACCCCAGUAAUCCAGACAAGGAAACAGGUUUUGAUUUAUCCAUGCUAAGUUCAAAAUUGGAUUGGAAAUAUUAUAACCCAAUAGGAGGCUUUUAUAGGAAUGGAUUUACAUGGAAUGAGAAUUGGAUUUGGGAUCAACAGGAAAGUGUUAAGGAAAUCAUCAAGAUUUGGUUCCCAAAAUAUUUCUGUUUGAACUGUUUUUGUAAAGAUAUCAUUGUUGUUGUUUCAUCACUUUCAGUUGAGUUUUACUCUUUGUCACUCCACUUGGGGUUUUCUUGGCAAAGAUACUGGAGUGGUUUGUCAUUUUUCCAAAGCUCAUUUUACAGGUGAGAAAACUGAGGCAAGCAGGGUUAAGUGACUGGUCCAGGGUCACCCAGCUAGGAAGUGCCUGAGCCCAGACUUAACUCUGCUUUAGUUUUCUCACCUGUAAAAUGAGCUGAAGAAGAAAAUGACAAACCAAUUUCCCAGAUAAUGUCUGAGGCCAGAUUUGAGCUAGAUUUGAAUUCAUGAGGAUGAGUCUUUGUGAUUCCAAAUCUAGUGUUCUAUCCAUACUGCCACUUAGUUUUCCCAAGAAAAUACUGCCUUCCUCUAAUUUUCAGAGCUCUGGCCUUUUGUAGCAUGGCCCAGGAACUGGCUUCUGGAAGAUUGUAUUGUUACUAAGCCACAGAGGCCAUUGUCGGACUGGAAGCUCAGCAUUAGCCAUGGAUUGUCCCAUUCUAAAGAAGCCCUAUACUUUUAUGGAAGAAGAUAUUAGCUGAAUUUUGUUUCUAAAGAAACAUCCCAUCCCCCCAUCUUCUCUGCCACUGUCCCUCGCCAUUCCUCUUCUUUUUCCCUGGAGCUGCCCCCUCUUUGGGGGAGUUAAUCUCUUCAAUUUGGGAACUCUGCUCUGGAGCUGGUCUGUCCAGGUGCAGUCUCACCUACGCCGCAAUAUCCAUCCCAACAGAGGUUGGAUAUCCACCUGAUUGCUGAAGGGCUUCACUCAUCAUCCCUUGAUUCUCCUCAUGUGAUUCCUUUCCCUGGCCACUGCUCUCUCCACAUGUCUUACCUCUUCACCAGCCCCCAAUAAAAUAUUAGUUCCUUGAGAGCAAA